AUGUUGGCGUUGCUAGAAACCUCUGCAGGCUUCGCCCUGUUCCGUAUAAAGAAGGGGAAGCUUUUGGAGGUUUCGGACGUUGAGGCCCUUCAGGCGCAUUUUGCAUCCCCAGAGGCGGCUCAGCGGGUUGUCGAGCUGCACGCAUUUUCUCGCUUCAAGGAUACCAAGCAGGCGACUGAGGAGGUGCUCGCUUUAGUAGACUCGAAGGUUGGCAAGGGUCUGAAGAAGUUCCUCAAGAAGAACCUUCUCCAGGCGGAGGGCGAGAGCAGCAAGCUCGUUGUAGCGGACAAGGCGUUGGGGGUUGCGAUCAAGAAUAAAUUGGGUUUAGAAGUUCUUUUCUCACCACAGACUCACGAAAUAAUCAGAGGCAUCAAAGAGCAGUUCGCAGCUCUCAUGGAUGGCAUCGAGGAAAAGGAUCGUCAGCAGAUGGCGAUGUCUCUAUCGCACUCUUUAAAUAGAUUCAAGCUUCGUUUCAGUCCAGAGAAACUCGACACUAUGAUCAUUCAAGCUGUUGCCCUUCUAGACGACCUCGACAAAGAGCUGAACAACUUUGCAAUGCGCUUGAAGGAGUGGUAUGGGUGGCACUUCCCCGAGCUAGCGAAAGUUAUAACGGACAACCUCGUCUUUGCAAAAGCCGUCAAGCUUAUCGGGUUUAGGACGAACACCAAACAUGCAGAUCUUGAAUCGAUUUUACCUGAUGAGAUAUGCUCCGAGGUGCGUAUGUCUGCCGAGACGUCUAUGGGGACAGAAAUGACAGACGAUGAUUUGCUCCACAUCACUUCUCUAGCGUCAAGGGUCGAAGAGCUUGUCGAAUAUCGUGCCAACCUUGCUGAGUACCUGAAGCUUAGAAUGAAGGCUGUGGCUCCAAAUCUGACGCACAUGGUAGGCGAAGUCAUUGGCGCUCGGUUGAUGGCUCACAGUGGCAGUCUGCUGUCUCUAUCCAAGCAGCCAGCAUCGACGCUGCAGAUUCUUGGUGCCGAAAAGGCGCUGUUUAGAGCGCUCAAGACGAAGUCCAACACCCCUAAAUACGGCAUCAUAUAUCAUGCUGCCCUAGUGGGACAGGCGACACCUAAAAUCAAGGGAAAGAUAUCUCGCGUGCUGGCAGCUAAGCUCUCGCUCUGCGUCCGAGUUGACGCGCUAACCGAGGCUGCAGAAACAGCAGCCGCAGAGACAGCAGCAGGAACAGAUCCCGUGGCCGCUGCAGGCAACCACGCGCCUGCGGAGCCGUCGGUAGCGAUUGCAUGCAGGCGCUACGUGGAAAAUAAACUCGAACAACUCGAGCAACAACUCUCGAGCGCUGGAGGUAAGCCUGGGGCCAAGCCUUCUUUCCAGCGCUAUGAGCCUCACCGCGCGACUAACGGUAUGGCCAGAAAGUAUGACGCUUCGACGGACGUAGUCCUAGGACCAGAUGCUCCGAAGAGGCACAUGAAGCAUGUUGGGUUCGGGGCUGAUGAAGCGACUGACGAGGUUCCGAGGAAGAAAAAGGUAAAAGCGGAGGCACAAGACUAA